CGUUACCUAAUGGGGUAAUAUCGUAUAAUUAUUAUAUAUUUACGAGACUAAAUUAGUAUAAUUAACAUAAUCAACAUAAUUACUAACAAUGUAUCAACAAUUUGCUAAUGUCUACUGGUCAGGUGACAUUAUCAGUGGUAUACAACAACUUGGACAACAAAGUCAAAGAUCAAUAACUCAAAUACAUGAUCUUCAGAAAUUAGUAUUUAGUUAUAUGAAUUAUUACUAUGCCAAUAGUGAACAUUUAAAUAGAGUGGGGAUUGAUUUACACCCUCAAAGUUCGGGAUUUAAACCAUUGACUACUGUUGGAGAUACUCUGGAAAUUCUGGUUGAAGAAUCAUUUGCUCGAUUCAUGAAUGAUAUAACAUCAGAAUCUAAUUUACUAGCUAAUUUAUCCAUUGCCAUUGAACGGCAAGUUCUAGAAAACAUUAAUAACUUUAUAAAGUAUCAUGAGUCUGUGGUACGUCAAUCUGUAACGGAUUUAAAUCAAUUAUAUACUGAAUAUACUGAAACUUAUGCUAGAGUAGCUAAACUUCGAGAUGAUUAUGAUGAGUAUGUUGAGAAUGAAAGUCUACGCGAUAAAGUGAGUGACAUGAGAGUUAAUGAGUCUGAAACUGAUACCAAUACUAAAUCUGAUCCUCAGAGUCUUUCAACUACAUCGCAUUCAGAAGAAUCUCCUCUGCCAGACUUUUCUUUCCCUAUAACAAUCGGUACGAAAGUUAUAAAUGAUUUACUGGAAUUACGAACAUUAUUGGCCGAUAUGAAAUCUCAUAUCCCCACUAUAAAGAGAAAGAUUCCUAUUCCUGGAUCUAAGAAUGAGAUCUUCAAAAGUGAUAAUCUUAAUGAAUAUUUAAGAACAACAGGUGUAUUAGGUAAAGUAGUUACUCGAUCAAUUACUGAACGAUUUGGUCAAGCUUUAAUAGAUCAAAAGUAUAUGGUAGGUAGUGGACUUUGGGGGUCAAGAGUAUUUAAGAGUGAAGGGAUGUGGUUUGAAUGGUCUCUGUUUACUGAUUAUAUUCUUGGAUCGGAUGAUACUGGAGUCAAUGAUGAACUAGAGGAAGCAGAAACAUCGAUGAUUGAAGAAUCUGCGUCAGCUUUCGUAAGUAAUGUAGUCAGUAACACAUCUAAAUUAUUUAAGACAGUCAAGUCUUCGAUCAAUAGAGGUGAUCAUUAUGAAGAUCUUGUUGAAAUUCAGCAAUUGUAUGAAUCAGCUUAUUUACAAUUACAAGAACUUAAAGCUCGACUUGAACAACAGAUCACUACAAAAGCUCAAGAAUUAGAAACGUUUGAAAAAUCAAGAAUUAAAUUGGUGUAUGAUAGUUUGACUUCAUUACUGAGAAUAAUCUAUAACUUUUCAUUAUCUUCUACUACCAGAUUACAUACAUUUGCAACUCAUUAUGCUGAGAUUGAUCCAACAACAAAGAUAGAUAAAGAACUCGAACACUUAAUUAAUACCUUUAGUCUGGGGAUCUAUAUAUCUGGAAGAGCUCCUGAAUCUACUACCAAGAGUGCUAGUGCUAAUAUUGUAUAUCAAGAUAUAAAGUUAAAGUUUAACUUAUAUAUAGAUAUUCCCUUACAAGUGUUAGUUAGUCAAAGUAAUCAUGAUGAUGAUGACAGUGGACUCCAUUUAUUAAGUAUCAAAUCUAUUCCAUUAUUUUUAUAUGAACUUGUUAAAUUAAUUGAGGUUCAGGCCGAUAUUCAAAGUGUUUCAUUGACUGAAAGUUGGAGUAAACCAAUUGAUCAUCACACUUAUUGGUCAUGUAAGGAGAAUGCCAUUAAAUUCAUUAAUGAAUAUUCCAGUAACUUGAAAGAUGUAAUACCUACCGAAUCCAGUAUCCAUAGUGAAUUGGUUACUGCUAUAGUGCCUAGUCUUGGAACUGAUGUCGAUAAAUUAGUUAACUUUCUUAAAUCAUGGCUCUUGGAGAUCUCAGAUAGUAUAAUUCCGUGUCUGAUCUAUGAUUCAUUGGUGGGAUUAUAUUCAAAUACCGAUGAGAAUUCUAAGCAAUCAGAUCUACUAAAGUAUUUGGGUUCAACGGCUCGAAGUAACUUGGCCUCAUUACUAUUUGUUCUAGAACAUAUAGCAGGAGUUUAUGAUUUAACGGCUAUUCUGAACUAUGAACUUUCGGAUACUUUUGAAGAUUUACAUAGUGUGGAUGAUACGGAUAAGAUUCGAACCAUUGCGCUUGAUUUGAAUUCUAUGGAUGCUAUUGGUUCUAUACCAUUUAUUCAUUUAAUCUUUAGACCUCCUACAUCCAAAUCAUCUAAGGGAUUUAAACCUAAGCUCGAUAUUUACCAACACAUCUUACAGGAUUUAUUACUAAUUAGUACCCGAAAGAGACUCUUUGAAGUAUUGGUGGAUAAGGAGAAAGUCAAUAAUCAGAAGAAGGAAUCCGAACGCAUUCAACCUAUCCCAAAGAUAGAAAUUAUUGGUCCUUCUGGUGAAGCUCCUCGAACUCCUCGAACUCCUCUGAAAAAUGAUCCUACUAAUAAACCAAUACCGCUAAGUCCAGCUCCAUUGCGAGUGGGUGAAAUAUUUACUCCUCGACCUUUUAGAACAGGUAAUACACCCAAUCCUUCACCUCGAGCAUCUCCAGUGCAUCGAUCUACUGGUUCUAUAAGUACAACAUUUAUAGAUGUACUUAAGGAAGAGACAGAUAAGUAAGUCAUAGUCAU